CUUGGCAUUUACUUCUGUACCUUGGUCAUGCUACUCAGACGCUCAUUUUCAUGCUCAUGCUCUAAAAGAUAUGCUCAGAGUGCUGGCUUGCCCAGGUCAGGCACAGCGCCACGUCUCAAUAUUGGCCGCGGCCUGCCCUCAAAACGCUCCAUACCCAAUGUCAGUAAGGUCAUUGCCAUCUCUUCUGCUAAAGGUGGAGUUGGCAAGUCGACAGUGUCCGUCAACGUCGCCCUUGCCAUGGCGAGUCAAGGUCUACGGGUAGGCUUGCUCGACAUUGAUGUAUUUGGACCUUCUGUUCCUAAAUUACUGAACUUGACCGGACAACCUGAACUGACACAGGACAACAAACUAAUUCCGCUGCAAAAUUAUGGUUUGAAGGCCAUGUCAAUGGGUUUCCUCGUGGAUGAAGGUGCACCGAUUGUUUGGCGCGGCAUGAUGGUCAUGAAGGCGCUUCAGCAGCUCUUAUUUGAUGUCGAAUGGGGGACAUUGGAUGUACUUGUCCUUGACAUGCCACCAGGCACAGGGGAUGCACAGCUGACAGUGACGCAGCAAGUGGUGCUUGACGGUGCCGCUAUUGUCAGUACGCCUCAAGAUAUCGCGCUCAUUGACGCUGUACGCGGUAUCCACAUGUUUGAAAAGACAGAUGUCAAGAUUCUCGGGCUGAUUCAAAACAUGUCGUACUUUUGCUGUCCGCAAUGCAAUCACAAGACUCAAGUCUUUGGCACGGAUGGGUUACUGAGGGAAGCUGAGAAGCGAGGCAUUGGUCUCAUUGGCAAUGUGCCACUUCAUGCCAGUAUCUGUGCAGAUGCAGACAGAGGAAAGCCUACUGUGGUAGCAGAACCAGAAGGGUCCUUGGCCAAAGCGUACCUUGAGAUUGCUCAGCAUAUUCAAACAGCAAUAGGCCUGCAACAAGGGUCAUGAUACAUUUUCAUGCAGAUAUCACUGUCAUUCCCUUCCAUUUAUUCUACCACGAGCCACCUAGCCUUUGUAGUGCAAUGACCAUGAAGUCUGUC